AUUACUAGCAAUUGUUCGUUCAGAAACUGUGAUUCAUCAUGACUCACGUCUGCUGCCUUUUGAUUUUUUUGGUACUCUCAAACAAGGUUAACCCUUCCCUAUCUCAAAUGUUGGGAAUGGACCCUUAUGGAUCAGAUAGUACUUCUCAAAUCAACUAUCAAUUUAGUAAUCCCACUAAUGAAUUCAGCUAUAAUGGUAUGAAUUACAUAGGUGCUGCAGCUGUCGGUGUGCCCACAUGGCAGGGUACUGAAGUAAGCUCGUUUAAAAUGUUAGGAAUGGAUCCCAACGACAUGGGAAGUGUAGGUACUGUAAACGUAAUGCCCAAUAUAGUAAAUGGUAUGUUAGGCAUGACUCCAAAUGAUGUAGGAUAUGUAGCUCCAGCACCCAUACUCCCCCCAACAGACUACAACGUUGGUACCGUAAACGGCUUUAGAAUGUUGGGUGUGGACAAUAGUGGUAAUAUUGGCAUGUUCUCUUAUAGUGAUUCCUUUGCUCAAAAUUCCGGCGCAACUAUGCCUGUAACGAAUUAUGCAACCGGUGGGGGUACAUGGGAUGGAAUACUGGGAAAUAAUGAAAUAGUGCCUUUAUAAGAUAUUUUUAAAACUUAAUCAAUAUGUGUUCUGUAUAGUAUAUACCUGUCGUCUACUAAAUUAUUAUUAUUUUUUGUUAAUAAACCAUUAUUACCUUAAA